AUGUCGACACCAGCAGAUGACUCCUCAGCGGUGCCAGAGUAUGUGCUCUGGCCGUACACCCCCACCAUCGCAGCCGGUGCCAUCGCCGCUGUCGUUAUGUUCAUACUGUUCUUCAUUCACACAUUCCGCCUCGUCAAGAAUAAGACAUGGUUUUGUAUACCGUUCGUCAUUGGAGCUCUGUGUGAAGCUAUAGGUUACUCUGCUCGUGCCGCAGCCCACAACGAUACCGAAGGCAAAACACCGUACAUCAUCCAGUCUACACUCAUUCUCCUGGCGCCCAUCCUCUUCGCCGCUUCCAUCUACAUGAUUCUCGGUCGUCUUAUCCGACGUACGGACUCUGCUGAGUACUCUCUGAUACGGGUCAACUGGUUGACCAAGAUCUUCGUUGGCGGCGACAUUCUGUGCUUCUUAAUUCAAGCCGGUGGUGCUGGUAUGCUCGUCUCAGCCAAUGACAAAGACGGUUUCAAGCGCGGCGAGAACAUCAUCCUCGGUGGACUGAUCCUUCAAAUCCUUAUCUUCGGCUUCUUCGUCGUCGUAGCGAGUAUCUGGCACGUACGACUCCAAAAGGGACCUACAGCUUCAUCCGCGGAUAUCCCGUGGACGAAGCUGAUCUGGUUCUUGUAUGCGGCUAGUGUCUGUAUCACUAUCCGUAACCUUUGCAGGGUUAUUGAAUACGCUAUGGGAAAGGAUGGUUACCUACUUUCGCACGAAUGGCCCAUCUACGUCUACGACUUCCUGCCUAUGAUGAUCACGCUUGUCGUAUGCAUCUGGUGGUACGACCCGAACAUCAAGCCGCGUCCCAAGACCGACAUCGAGUUCGCCCGCCGAUAG